AAAUAACAAACCACCCUAUGAGUAAAAGGGACCCGUCCUGACUGGCUGAGAAUCGACAACAACAGUCUUUACCACUCCGUCUCCUUCAAUUUUCCCCGCUGCCUGGGGACCUACCAUGCCCUCCUCUAUACGCUACCAACCAGUUCCACAGUCAGAGGAGGAUCACUCGGAGAGCAUGUCAACUCCAUCAGCGCAGGCCUGUGGGGAAGAGGGGGCUGUGGGCAGCGGGCCGCCCCCAGACUACUCACCACAACCUGAGACCACCAGCACAGCAGCCUCAGGGAAUCUGGAGGACAUCCCGCCCCCCAAGCCAGACAUGCACGCCCCUCCGCCCUAUGAGGAGUCAGACCCCCGGGAGGGACUCGAGGGGGGCUCCAACCUUCCUUCCUUCUCCCCAGACUCUCCCUCAGACAUCCAGCCUCCCAGCUAUGAGGAGGUGCAACGACUGAAGGCUCUAGAGGCUGCCGAGGAUUCCCCACUGCCUCUGUGUCAUGGUGGUGGGCCACUGAGUGGAGCUGGUGCCAUGGGAGGGCCUGGUGCUGGGGGUGCCAUGCGAGUCCUGAGGGUGUCCUCGCUGGGUGGCCUUGACCCUGAGACAGCUGAGAUCGCUGAGGAGCAGCUCCUUGGCACUGACUUCAUGUUCUUUGUGGCCUUUGUUGCUGCAUUUGUCUUCAACUGGGUGGGCUUUGUGCUGCUGCUGUGCUUCUGCCACACAGUUGCUGGCCGCACUGGGGCACUUGCCGGCUUUGGUCUCUCCUUGGCCAAGUGGGCAGCAAUUGUGAGGAACUCAACAGACCUUGUGGCCGACUCUAACACCUGGCUCUUGUGGCUCAUCAUGGCUCUGGGCAUGCUGAUCUGCAUGAGGGCCAUCCUGCAGUAUGUCCACGCCAAGAGAGAGUGGCACCAGGUCCCCCACAACUCCCGGCAUCGUUUCUUCCUCUUCUACUGAGGUACACCACCGGGGGACGAGGGCCGGGAAGAGUGUGUUGAGUACUAGUUCCUCAAGCCGCUGCCCUCUGUUGCCCAUGUUGCUGAUGCUGCUUCUGCUGGGGAGUAAAGUGUGUGAGGUGGCAGUGGUGGGAUGUAUGAGGGGAGGUGAAUGUGUGCCUGUGUGUGUAUGUGUGUGGGAGUGUGCGUGUGUGCAUGAUUCAGAGAAGAGAGACAUCUGAGAGGAGCACAUCCACAAGUCAGCAAGAAUAAGAUCCAAAGAUGCAACUGCUAUAUAUUCCAAAGCAUGUAAUUGUAACUGGUUUAAUAUAUGCAUGUAAGAGCUAAGGUUGUGUAGAUUCACUUGCAACAGUAGCUCUCAUCAGCUGCUUUGUGAGAGAUCUUAAGUUCUGUUUUAUGCAUAGACAACAAAAGCAUCAUCCUCACCGUGAUGUAGAGAGCUUGUGUUGGCAGGGUUGCACAUUUGGUUGUGAUACAUUAUCAAGCAGUCAUAAGAAGUAUAUUUCACUAUCAGUUAAUGCACCAAGAGCCACAACGUCUUAAGCUUGCAAGGAACAAGGGACAAGGAUGUUCUUUUGCAGUGGCAGUUUGUUGGAGAAAUGGCAGACCGACUGUAGAUGAAGGAUGUAAAUAAAUUGAUGUUGGUGUAUAUUAAGCAUCUUCAUAUUGGUGUCAGAGGAACAAAACCAUUAGCUGUCAUGCAAUACAGAUGCAAGCUCAGUGUAAUUACCUUGACCACCAUGUUGGCAGUCUUCACUAUGUUAAUUUUGCAGACAGUUGUGAGUCCAGCCUCUUUAAUUAUUGCCAGCCUGGGUAAGUGGCACAGCUGGACAACUGGUCUUGCCUUGUGGCCCUAAGCUGUGCCAUUCCGAUUAGCAUGUGUGGCGUGUGGCACUCGUGGCACUCAGUCCCCCUGGUGAGCACUCCACACAGCCCUGGGUUAGGAACAUAGCACUUAUGUUAGUUAUACCCAAGGAGCUUCUUGCCACCUUCAGUUAGUGCUUCUCUUAUCAUUUUAUCUACAGCAUGUAUAAUGUAUAUAUAUAUAUUUUUAUUUGGAUGACAUAUAUAUAAAAGAUUUUAUGCACAUAUUUUAGGUUUGCAUUGAUUGAUUUCACUGUAUGGAAGAUUUUAUUACAUUUAAGAUUAAUUGAUACUUAAUGGAUAAAUUUUACCAUAAAGAUAUUGGAUUAAUUGUAAUUCAGUACGUUUUACUAAAUGUAAUAGAGAGGAAUAAGUGUAAUUUAUCAACUGUAAACAAGUUUUGAGGGAAAGAAAUUAAAUCCAUAAAGAAUUACAGAAGUACACACACACACACACACACACACACACACACACACACAUCAGGUUUGGACACAGCUGCACAUCAGUGAUUACCACAAUUAACAUUUCUGUCUGGCCUUCAGGCAUCUAUAUUAAUCGUUCUGGUCUUUUGGAUAUUUUGUAGACAACCUGUGUAAUUGCUUAACAUUGCGGGUCUUUGUACUGUAAUAUGUACUGUAAUAUGUAUUUUUCUUUAUUUAUUUUCCAUGUACAUGAUUGAUUUUAAAUAUUUAUAACUGGAGACCGUACUUUUUAUAAGCAUCAUAGUAAAGUGUGAGUAAGAGACACCUGCUUUAGUUUCUGUAAUGACAUUGAUGUAAGAAUUUCAGUUCAAUUGUUGUUUUUUUAACCAUUUCAGAUCACAGUCUGAAAUUAAUAACUUUUAUGGAUGCUGCAAAGUCUUCUUCACAGUUUAUUACAAUUCUUAUAUAGUGUUGAACAUCUGCAUGUCAUUCUUCAUAUGAUGUUGAAUUUUAAGAGAUAUUUUUUAUACUUUUCUUGUGUUCAUUGAUGCUUUGUUAGUGUUAAACCUCAGACAAGUCAAUAAACUGUAAGUCAAACAAAA